AUGCUCCCAUUUGCGCUUUUGGGAUUAUUCCUAUUGAUAUUGCUGCGACUGUUGAGGAUUAAUACCCAGACAAACACGAUGCCCGUGAAAGGAGAAGAAUCUCCUCCAGCAGCCGAAGAGGAUGUACCUACUACACAGUCCUCUCAUGCUGGCGAACAUUCCCUGUCAGCUGUUCCUAAAAGCUUGAAACAUAAUGAAGAGAACAGUCUCCCGGCUGACAGCGCCUCUGCAAGACCUGAAGUCAAAACAAAAGAGGAUGAGUCUGUGCAGGCAUCCUCUGAGGCCAUUUCUGGAAAGCCAUCCCAGCCGACGACCACCCAGGUACCUCCCAAAACUGCUGUACCGAGGCUCAGUUCUGGGCCUGAGGCGAGAGACCGCCUCAAGUUCAUCCUGGGAGCAUCAGAGGAUAACUCUUCAGACGAGGAACCUCUGGUCUCUAAACCGCCGAGUGGAGCGUCUCAGCCAGUGACCUCCAACCCUGGAUCUUCAUCUCAGCGGGCUUCCUCUGCAUCGCUGCCGUCCAGCUCAUCAGGCAUUAAGUAAGACCUUAUUUAAUUUAAGCUGAUUUUAUAUUAGCUCCUUUGUUUUACUGCUCUUUUAUAGGACUUCUGUAGCAUAAACAUAAACCAGUUUGAUCCACACUCAACCUUUAGUCUGGGGGACUCAUAUGAACUGUCUGUGUACUCGUGCUGGCGACGUGCCGUUAUGCUCCCACUCACUGUCUGUUAUCACCUGACUGCAAUGAGCUGACCUGUGUUAUUGUCACAUGCCAAACAGUGCGAGUCUAUUAUUGGAACAAGAGUCUGAACCAGGUGACUUUGAAAACUCUGGUGUGAGUCCAGGUCACAACACGGGAAUCAAGAACAUUUUAAAUCCUCUUUCGAGUUUAAUUUUCCGAUUUUUCAUAGCAGCCUGCAUAGUUAAGAGUUUUCUGUUUAAAACAGGCGGCAGUGCAUGAAAAGAUAAAGAGUCAGUGGGUGUAUUUGGUACCAACAGCUACUUGUUGAGAUAGAGACAUUAAGAAUGGUUGAGUUAUCCAGAUGCAUGAAGUUAUGAGGAGGAGAAAGGUAAGAGAUUGUCCUCCUCUUGGUCUCUAAUUUACCAGCUUCUUCAAGCAUUUAAGACUGGCUUGCUUGCAGAAGAUGAAGAUUUCCUUUUGUAUUUGUAUAUAUGCAAUAGCCCAGGCUGCAUAUUUGACCUGCACUCAAGCUACUUUCUUUCAUAGUUCAUGAAGUAUAAUGAACACUUUGUUCUGUUGCCGUUCCUGCUUCUGUUUAUAUUUGUAUUCAGCAGCCUCUGAUCUGCCACACGGGAUCUGUAGAUCAGUUAGCUGCACAUGUGGGAGGGGAGAGCCGAGAGGGAGAGCUUUAGAGGGAGCAUUUUUGCAGAGAGCUUUUUGUUUUGGUCUUAGUUUCUUAAAUAGUGUCUCAGUAUCAAUGCAGUCGUGACAGUAAAGUUGUCAGAAGAAUGGAGGGAAAUGGUUUGUUCCCAUAUCUCCGAAGGUAAGUGCGUAAAAUCUUGAUAUCCUUGAUUGUAAUUUGAUACUUUGGCUGCAGUGUUUGGUAUGUGGACAGUUAUCACAGACUUCAUGUUGUGACUGCAGAAAAUAAUGAAAACGUGAUGAACUUAGGCUGGAUUACUCAGAACGAUAGAAGAAAAGAUAGAGCUGCAACUUCUGCAGACAUGUUUAAGAACAGGAAGAAUAGCUGGUGUGCUCCUAAUCUUUCCGUUGUGUAACUGAACAGAGCGUGCCUUGGCUCAUAAAGUUUGAGGAAAUAAAAGAAGUAACACCCGACAUUAGUAACCUCUAGUGGAGAAUAAUGUUGUCCUUAUAAAGCUGUAGAGUAGUCAUCUGCAAAGUAUCUGGCACGAGUUGUACCCCCUUUAGUCCUUCAGUCGUGGUUAUGAAUAGCUGUUCUUAUUUGUUCAGUGAGGUAUGUAUCUGGUUAUAUUAAACCCUGCUCCGUCAUGCCUCACAUCCUGGAACAAGAUCAGAAAAUGGGGCGUGCAUGACAGCAAGCUGGAAGAGCAGACUCAAUAACAGUGCAAGUUGUAUGUCCUGAGCAAACAGAAAAAUACAGGAGGGAAGUUUAAAGUUCAUACCUGCUCAGUCAGAAUUGCACUCCGGCUCUUCACAGUACAGCUCAACACAGAUGUUUGCAAGUCGUAUCUUAACACGGGACAGAAAUACUGUUAAGUGGCAUGUGGUGCAAUCGCGACAAGACUUUGGAGUGAACGAGGUUUGACCAUGGUAUGUAAAAUUCCCGGCGUUAACAAACUUUUUGUCCUAUCUAUCGCGGUCUGUGCAUGUAACACUAGUUCAUUUCAGGGAUCACAAACAGUAAAAUCAACAUGCCAGUGAAGUGAAGUUUCACAACGAGUGCUUUUAAGUAUCACAAGAGUCAAACUUUUCACUUUUGUAUUAUAACGAACAGACAGUUUCAUGCUAAAAUCUGCUGCUUUAGCUUUUUAAGUGAUAAGAUAGUGGUUAUCAGGCUGUCAAAGUAAAUGCGGAGUUGCAGACUGAAAUCAGUGUGUACCAUGCAUGGAUGGUUGUCAGUGUAGAGAAAAACAUGUUGACCCAUUGAGCGCUCUCAACAAGUGUUAUCAGUGACUGUUAUGUAAAAAUAAACUACAGUAUGAAGUCUUAAGAAACUAAAAUUUAAAACUUAUAAUCAUCAAUCAACAUCUGAUAAACACAGAACCCCAAGAGACUUAAAUAACAAAGAGAAACUAGAGCUGAGUUUGAUUCACAGCAUAUUUCAGACUACCACUACUGGACCUGUUGGAAAUCACGACUGUUUACUUAUUUCCUUUUUUUUUGUGCCGAUGCAAUCAGCUGACAAACAUCACCACAUCCCAUAUAAUGAGAAAACACAGAGUAUUAGUGAAUGCUCAGUUUCUGCAGCUGUUGGUGUAUCGAGCAUGCACUUUCCCAUGAACGGUUGUCUGUGCACAUCAGCAGCGUUGUUCAGCAGAUAAGGUCAGAAAUAAAAGGGGCUUGCCCACAGUCUGUCGAGGAAAGAGACUGAACUUUGACUUUGCUUUUGAUUUUCAUUGCAGUUGUCGUUGAAUUGUUGCUAGGUAGGGUUAUGGCUCACACUGAUACGAUGUAUGACUGAAGAGGAGCAGUGUCGCUUUCUUACACGGGUUUUAAGGAAAAAAUUCACCCUGCUGUUUCUGGAUUUAAUUUAUAUACUGUACAUUGCAGCUAAUGUGGGGCAGAUCACACUCAGGUAAUUGUGUCUUUUUUUUUAUUGCUGUGGUAUUGUGGAGAUGGCUAACUACGAGUUUUUUACUGCAGGCCUAGCAUGUCCGGUCUUCACUUGGUGAAAAAAGGACGUGAACAGAGGAAGAUGGAUCUCCAGAGGGACUUCACUGUGGCCUCUCCUGCUGAGUUUGUAACCAGGUUUGGGGGAAACCGUGUCAUUGAGAAAGUGAGAAUGAAAGUCUUCCCUCCGUUUUUUAAUCUACUCUUAGCCCUGAAUGUUUUUGUCAGUUUUUGUGUACAUGUGGUUUCUGUUUGUGUUACAGGUGCUGAUAGCCAACAAUGGUAUAGCUGCGGUGAAAUGUAUGCGCUCGAUUCGUCGCUGGUCUUAUGAAAUGUUUCGCAAUGAGAGGACCAUCAGAUUUGUGGUGAUGGUGACCCCUGAAGACUUGAAAGCUAAUGCAGGUCACUGUGAACUUGAUUCUUCUUAUCCUUUUUUAUAACCAAACAUUUACUGUCGUACAGUUAUCUGUGUCAGCUGUAUGUUGAGAGAGUUGUCCACUGAUCACAGUUAAUGACCUGUUUUUGUCUGUCACUCUUCUGUUGUGUAGAAUACAUAAAAAUGGCUGACCAUUAUGUACCAGUAUCCGGUGGGCCCAACAACAACAACUACGCAAAUGUAGAGCUGAUUGUGGACAUUGCUAAAAGAAUCCCAGUUCAGGUGCUUUCCAGUGUUUAUCUGAGCAGUAAUGUUUUUUUGUCCCCUGACCACAGUCAGACCUUUUGCUCUUUGACCUUGUUUUUCAGUGAUAAAUGAUUGCAUGUAUGUGUUUACCAUGGUUUUCAGGCGGUAUGGGCCGGUUGGGGUCAUGCCUCAGAAAACCCCAAACUGCCUGAGCUGUUGAACAAAGCAGGAAUAUCGUUUUUAGGUAAAAUCUAGUUUGAAACCACACAGUGUUUGCGUAAUGUUACUCUGAAUGUAUACACCUUUUUCACAAAUCAAUGUCAUGUGUCUAUAUUUGCCUUAGGACCAUCCAGUAAAGCCAUGUGGGCCCUCGGGGAUAAAGUGGCUUCUUCUAUUGUGGCUCAGAGUGCUGACAUUCCCACGCUUCCAUGGAGCGGAUCAGGUGAUGUUUUAUCUUCUGUACUGUCUGAAAUCAUACAAUGAAACUAUUUUUUACUUUUUUUUCUAAAUCUCUUGAAUGCACAAAGUUUUUAUGUUGUACCUUUUGUGUGUUUUGGGGCACCAGGUCUGAGAGUGGACUGGGCAGAGGAGGACCAAAGACUGGGGAAAGUAAUCAGUGUUCCUCCAGAUAUCUACACAAGAGGCUGCGUCCAGGAUGUCGAUGAUGGGCUUGCAGUAAGUAGGCAUGUCUAGCAAAGUCCCUUGAUUAAUACCCACACAUUUACCUCUUUGGUUCUCUUCAUCCGCUGGUCUUUUGUUUCAAAUACUUGACACAGUAUCUUUUUGCAGUGGGCAGAGAGGAUUGGUUAUCCUGUCGUCAUCAAGGCCUCUGAGGGUGGAGGUGGAAAGGGAAUCCGAAAAGUUGAAAGCUCUGAGGAUUUUUCAAGCGCUUUCAGACAGGUUUGUCUUCAAAUUUUACAGCCAAAGGACUGAUUUCUUUGUGAUUUUGACAUCAUUUCAUAAAUUUACAAACUGCUGCAGGGCUCGACAGUGCAACCAUUUCACUUGCAUUUGCGACUAAAAAUAGAUGUGUGCGAGUUGUAAAAUGUAUUUAGGGGCACAUGUACAAAUAUUUUUUUAUGUAAAUAACGCGGUGAAGUUAGUUUUAGGUUGGAUAUUCGACGGACAUUCACGGCAGAUCUACCAGUGUCUUCUCACUCUCCAUAACUGGGAAUAGCAACAGCAGCACAGUUAAAUCUAUUCAGCACCCUCGCUUUCAACAUCAGGCGUUGAAUAAGGGACCAUCAAUAAAUUACUGGUUGAUGUUCUCUAAAAGGUUGUUUUCCUUAAAUAGCUUCCAUGUCGUGUGACCAACUGACGUUAAAUUGAUUUCAAAUAAUAGUACUUAUGUUGACCAGUAAGACACACAUCAUUUGAUCAAUUUUCAUUGUGCCCCUAAAGUAACUGUGCAUUAAUGAUUUCUGAUAAUAUGGUCUAAAUUAGUGUCAAGUCCUGUGCCGUGAUAGCUUUUAUAUAUAUAUUUUUUAUUUUCAUCUAAAUAUAGGUACAAACAGAGGUACCUGGCUCUCCUAUCUUCGUCAUGCAGCUGGCUCAGCAUGCAAGACACCUUGAGGUUCAGAUACUGGCAGAUGAGUACGGAAAUGCCAUCUCUCUUUUUGGACGAGAUUGCUCUAUCCAGAGGAGGCACCAGAAGAUCAUCGAGGAAGCUCCCGCCACCAUAGCAGCUCCCUCAACCUUUGAGCAAAUGGAGAGGGUCAGUUUAGAUCAUUACAUCUAUUUAUUUCCCCAUCCUUACUAUCUUGAUUUUUUUGAGGUAAUGUGACUUGUGUUGCCUUUUUUAUGGCUCAGUUUGCUGUGCGACUAGCCAAGAUGGUGGGCUACGUGAGUGCAGGUACUGUUGAGUAUUUGUUCUCUGAGGACGGGAGUUUCCAUUUCCUGGAGCUGAAUCCUCGCCUGCAGGUUGAACAUCCCUGCACUGAGAUGAUCGGAGAUGUCAAUCUUCCAGCUGCUCAGCUUCAGGUAAACCUUUUUAGCACUUUCUUUGAGAAAUAACUAAACCACAGGAAUUAGAUGAGUUUUAACCCAUCCGUUUUAACUCUGUGUUUCCUCUCUGAUAGAUUUCAAUGGGCAUCCCCCUGAAUAGAAUCAAAGAUAUCCGCUUGCUGUACGGAGAAACCCCAUGGGGGGACAGCUUUAUCAACUUUGAGACUCCUGAGUGCAUACCAAGCCCAAGAGGACACGUCAUAGCGGCACGGAUUACCAGUGAGAACCCUGAUGAGGUAAACCACACCUCAAAAUUCACCAUUUUCAUAACUUGUUUUAAUAUACACCACUAAACUCUGUUCUUCUCUUAAAGGGGUUCAAGCCCAGCUCUGGUACCGUUCAGGAGCUGAACUUCCGCAGCAGUAAAAAUGUCUGGGGUUAUUUCAGUGUGGGGGCAACAGGUGGCCUGCAUGAGUUUGCUGACUCGCAGUUUGGUCACUGUUUUUCUUGGGGGGAGAACCGUGAAGAAGCCAUCUCGUAAGCCUUUGUUUAUUUUCUUUCUCUUUUGAGUUUGUUUUGUCAGUUAUCUCGUGAUGUAAAGGCCUGAGAAGUAACAAAACAUGUAGAUAAUACAAUCUUAAGAGCUGAUUAUGCAAGACAUUUGUUCAACAAACAUGAUUAUUCUGUAGAAGUUGUUAGUUGUAUAUUAAAAGAAUAAAGUGGUGACUUUUUACAUUCAGGAUCCUUAAAGGGUUCAAAAGUUCAACACUUGUAAUGUUUGCAACAUACUUCAGGAACAUGGUGGUGGCUAUGAAGGAGCUCUCCAUCCGAGGCGACUUCAGGACCACAGUGGAAUAUCUUAUUAAGUUGCUGGAAACAGAAAGCUUCAGAAACAAUGACAUCGACACCGGCUGGCUCGAUCACCUCAUCGCAGAGAAAGUGCAGGUUGGAGUGCCAGUUCUUAGAAUCACUUCACACCCAAAAAGUUGGUCUUUAAUUUUCUCGAUGUUACGACAUAGUAAAAAUGGGCUUCUUGCAGGCGGAGAGACCAGAUACCAUGCUGGGGAUCGUUUGCGGGGCUUUGCAUGUAGCUGAUGCAAGCUUCAGAAAAAGCAUGUCCGACUACCUACAUUGUCUUGAGAGGUCAGUGGAUACAGACCCACUCAUGAAUUUUUCACUUUAGUUUUUACAGUAUAUUCAUGUGAGGGUCAAUGUUUUCUCCUGCUCUUUUAGAGGCCAAGUGCUUCCAGCAGCCAGUCUCCUCAAUUCUGUCAGCGUGGACCUAAUUUAUGAGGGAGUGAAGUUCUGUCUAAAGGUGUGUUUGUUGCUCCUUAUCUGAUGUAAACUCAUAAUUUCAGUGUUGGCCAAUUUUAGUCAAUGAUCUUUUCUGCUGCGUGAAGGUGGCUCGCCAAUCCCCGACCACUUAUGUCAUCAUAAUGAAUGGUUCCAACAUUGAGAUAGAUGUCCACAGGCUGAGUGACGGUGGCCUCCUUCUUUGUUAUGACGGCUGCAGCCACACCACGUACAUGAAGGAGGAGGUAGACAGGUAAGAGCUCCUGAAUCAGUCGGUUGUUUUGUUUUUUAAAGCAGCUGGAAGGAGUUUUUGUUUUCUGUUCAUUUUAGCAGCCACUGUGGACAAAAGCGGUAGUGUUUAAGCCCAAGACACUUAUCUGGCUCGCACGUCAGGGCUCCAGAAACGAAGUUUUUUGUGAGCAGUUUGAGGCAACUUACUUUGUAAAUGUAUUUAAAAUGGGAAGCGAGUCUGAGUGAGCCCACCGUGGAGCGUGAGACAGACGUGAAGCAGCAGGACUACAGAGGUAGGUGACACAGAGCUGCUCUGCCUGUCGAACUCCAUGGCUGCAGCUGUAGCAUGACAUGAUGUCUGCAGGAGUCUCCGGCUGCAAGAAGAUGUCACCGUUUUUGUAGUGACUGUAAUAUGCGUGUUUUUAGUGCAAAAUAUAGAGAAAAAAAUGCGUGUGCGUGGGUCUGAGUGCCGUAAAUCAUUUUGUUUGUGGUCCCGACCCCACCACUGGCUCCCAUUUUCCCCGUUUUCACUAUUUAGAAAUAGCUUAUCUUCACACAGAUGGGCUCAUUCACUGUUGCAGGUGACAGGGAGACAUCAGCAGAAACGAGGGAUUUUUUUUUCAAAUCUAGUUAAAAGUUGCUUACAGGAAGUUUAACUUAACUUCUAUUGACUUAAUUCAUCUCCACAGCUACCGCAUCACUGUUGGCAACAAGACUUGUGUGUUCGAGAAGGAGAAGGACCCCACCGUGCUGAGGUCACCAUCCGCUGGCAAACUGCUGCAGUACUUGGUGGAAGAUGGAGGUCACAUUUUUGGAGGAGAGACGUACGCAGAGAUUGAGGUAAAUUUGACACAAGCAGAUGAAAUUAAUGUUUUAGAAAAUGUGGUGGUGUUUUUUUUUUUUUUUACUAGCUGUCGUGGUUUCAGGUGAUGAAGAUGGUGAUGACGCUGACUGUGCCACAGUCUGGUUGUAUCCACUUUGUCAAGAGACCUGGAGCAGUUCUGGUGCCGGGGUGUAUGGUGGCACGGAUAGAGCUGGAUGACCCCAGCAGUAUACAUCAUGUAAGUGCACGAAAUAACAUAACUUUAUACUGUCCUGGGUCAUGAAGGCCAAAAGUAGAAAAAAUUCUUUGUGUAAAUUUACAGUAUGUUUACGGUUGUACAUACUCAAUAAUUCAAAUUAUAACUUCUUUUGCUUAGUACAACAAAUAAACAAAUUUUUUCAUUAUAAUUAAUCCAUAUCUGCAAAGUUUUAAGUGUUUUUGUUGCUUUGUUUCUGUUCUUACUUAUCUUGCCAUUUUUUCAUAGGUGGAGCUCAACACUGCCAUAUUGCCACCCCAGCAACCACUGCCCAUUGUUGGAGAAAAGCUUCACCAGGUGUUCCACAGCGUGCUGGAAAACUUGUUUAAAGUCAUGGAUGGUUACUGUCUCGAAGAGCCUUAUUUCAGCAACAAGGUAGGUAGAUGGCAGUCUUUCAGCAACCACAGAGUCCAAAUAGAUUUUCUUAGUUUUAUAUUUGUGUUCCUGUUUGCAGUUGAAACAGUGGGUGGCUACCCUGAUGAAGACCUUAAGGGAUCCCUCGCUGCCGCUUUUGGAACUCCAGGAGAUCAUGACCAGUGUGGCCGGACGCAUUCCUCCUGGUGUGGAGAAAGAUAUCCGCAAAGUCAUGGCCCAGUAUGCCAGCAACAUCACCUCAGUUCUCUGCCAGUUCCCCAGCCAAAGAGUGAGAGAUACAGGAUAUUCUUUUAGGUCUCUAAUCUAAAGAAAAUUUUAAAUAGGGAAAUAAUGAUGUUUCCCUUGUUUAUUUUAGAUAGCAAAUAUCCUGGACAGUCAUGCAGCAACACUACAGAGAAAGGCUGACCGAGAGGUUUUCUUCAUGAACACUCAGAGCAUUGUACAGCUGGUUCAGAGGUUAGUCAUGUGCAGAUUGUCCAGCAGUAAUUAACCACAUAUUGAUUCUGAGACUAAAUUUAUCGACACAUGAGGGGCGCGCAGAUAGCCUAUGGGUCAAUGUGCCCCACGUAUCGGGAUGCUGCAUGUCAACCCCCCUCUCUCCACAUUGACACUUGUUUUAAUUUGUAUGGUCAAGGUAUCGGAGUGGGAUUCGGGGUUACAUGAAGUCUGUGGUCCUUGAUCUACUGAAGCGAUACCUACAAGUAGAGAUGCAGUUUCAGCAAGGUAAUGUUUAUUUACUUACAAUGGAAACUCAAUAUUAGGACAUUUUACAAUCUUCAGUGGGGUUCAUUUGUCCCUGCUAACACAGCUUUAAUUGUGUCCUCCCAAACAGCCCACUAUGACAAGUGCGUAAUAAACCUAAGAGAACAGAACAAACCUGACAUGAGCCCCGUGCUGGAAUACAUCUUCUCCCAUGCACAAGUCUCCAAGAAGAACGUCCUCGUCACAAUGCUCAUAGUAAGGCAUUCAUUGAUCGAAUGAAGGGAAUAAUUCUCCUGCACUUCAGUUUUGGUGACGCACUGUUUCCACAUUAUGCAGGAUCAACUGUGUGGACGGGAUCCCACGCUGGCAGACGAGCUGAUGGCCAUUCUGAAUGAGCUCACACAGCUCAGCAAGAUGGAGAACUCAAAGGUCGCACUAAGAGCCAGACAGGUAUCAUAAAAGUCUUCGAGAGCUCAAUGAAACUCUAAUCUUUACUGAAUACCCCUCUCUCCCUAACCCUAGCUUUGAUACAACAUUAAAAACUGUGUCAUAGGUCUUGAUUGCCUCCCAUUUACCAUCAUAUGAACUGAGGCAUAACCAGGUGGAGUCCAUCUUCCUUUCGGCCAUCGACAUGUACGGCCACCAGUUUUGUCCUGAAAACUUGAAGGUCAGCCAUGAUGAGUCCUUUUACCCACCAACUAUUUUCUGCUUUAACACAGGCAGCUGAUUGUAUAUGUUGUUAUCUUUGCUCAGAAACUCAUCCUCUCUGAAACCUCCAUUUUUGACGUUUUGCCAAACUUCUUCUAUCACUCCAACCAAGUGGUUUGCAUGGCUGCAUUGGAGGUACGCUCAGUUCAUUCACACAGAAGAUUUUCUGUCUUGUGAAGUUUUAUGUCUCACUAACUUAGGAUUCCCUUCUUCAAUUUUAGGUGUAUGUGCGUAGAGCCUACAUUGCCUAUGAGCUAAAUAGCAUCCAGCAUCAUCAGCUGCAGGAUGGAACAUGUGCUGUGGACUUCCAGUUCAUGCUGCCAUCAUCACAUCCCAACAGGUAUAACAAUUACAAAACCAAACUCUGGAAAACUGCGAGGAAAAUGUUAAAAUACUUGCUGAAUGCAGCUUUUGAAGCUUUAGUUGUCACAUUGCUUACAUGUUUCACUCAUGUUGAUGGAGAUAGGAUGAUACAUCAGGAUAUCAUUGAGCAAAAUUUAUUUGACAUUUUGCAGAAAAUUUUGUGGCUACUAUGAGGACAAAAUUCUUAAGAUUCAGACAAAGAGGAACAACUGAUUUUCCCCAAAGGGAUUUAAAAAGUUAUAUUCUGCACCCAGUGGUACAGUUGCAUCACUGCUGCUUUUACUGCCUUUAGCUAACUUCUUAAAGGGAUAUUCUGACGUAAAAUUAAUUUAGCGUCAAACACACCGUAACACAGAGUUAGACACACCCUCGAGAGACGAAUGUUGCUGACCACUUGCUUCUCCAGUUAUAUAAACUUUAGUAACGAUCACAUGAUAGCAAUACACAGCGGUUUAAGGAGCUAAGCACAAACAUCAACCAAAAUGUUCUUCCUUGAGCUGCGUCACCCCGCAACGGUAAUGGACUCGCCUGAGGUUUCCAUACAAACAAGCGGCUGCUGGAAGGUGAGUUGUGUUUAGUCUCUUUGCUAAAGAAAUCAGUCAAAGCUUAAAAGAUGUUUGGUGGCUAGUGCUAUGGCUGGGACCCUAUAUGUACUGUUGAUGAAGUUAGGUGUGUUCUGAGCAUUAUUUGUGGCUAUAGAGUGGCGUUUUGGUUGACGUUUGUGCUUAGCUCCUCAGACCGCUGUGUAUUGCUAUCAUGUGGUCAUUACUAAAGUUGGUGUAACUAAAGAAGCAAGCGGUCAGCAACAUUCAUCUCUCGAGGGGGUGUCUAACUCUGUGUUACAGGGUUUUUGAACCUGCAUUAAUUUUACACCGGAGUAUCCCUUUAAUAGAGACUGUAUUUACUUAAAUAUUGCCAUAAUAUUUACUUCUACUUGAUUCCGCACCACAUCUUGUAAAGUGCUUUUAUCUAAUCAUUACGCCUCAAGGUAGAGGUGCACUCUGAUCAUCCACUGCUGAUAUUCACAUGUCAAUCAUCUUAUUUCAGAGGGAGAAGCCCUACUCUGAACAGGUAGAGUACAGCUCCUCCCAGCCAGACAAACCUCCUGAUCGUGUGUAUGUCUCUCGGCAAAGCAUGCCCAGUGCACUGUGUUGCUUUCCUCUUUUUUUUUUUUCCUCUGAAACCAGAAACUUGAGCUCAAGGACUCCUUCUAACAAGUCCUUCUAAAUCCACUUCUUUAGCCCCGCUUCUCCACGUUUUUCUUGCUUCUUUCAACUUAUCAAACGAAUCUGAGCUUUUUGAGAGGAAUGUCAUUUUUCUUUUGUCAUGCACUCCUCUUAAAAACUUCAAGCCUGUGAUUCUGUUGAAUGAUUCAGAAUGAGGAGCCUGUACAUCUCAGCUGUCUAUCAGAUAGAGUAAUAAAUGCUUUUAUAACAGUAAUUUGUUAUACCCUUCAAUUCAGGAUAUGAGAUGCACCCAUCAACGGAUGUCAUGGAUGUUUUGGAUAGACAAAUUCCUCCAGAUGUGCUUUAAUUGCUGUCUGUAAAAAUAUUUGUACCCGUGGCUGUUCCUGUUCUGUAUUUUUUUCAAAUCAAAGCCAACCUCUGUAUCUGAUCAUUUAUGGUUGUUUUUGGCUGUUAUUGUCUCUAUUUGUCAAAUUUCCAGAGUGCCUGUGCCAGUCAGUGGAUCAGGCCAGUUUCACAUAAGGCGGCAGAGCAGUGAGCUCUACCUCGAGGGAGCUUUCUCACCACCCUGCCAGCGCAUGGGCGCCAUGGUGGCUUUCCAGUGUUUUGAUGACUUUAAAAGGUCCUUUUGAGCUCGAUACAAAUUUUUCUUUUUCUGUCUUUAUUAUAAAGGGCAUGAUGAUUAAAUGUUUCCUUUUUUUUGUCUGCAGGAAUUUUGAUGAAGUGCUGUCCAGCUUUGCAGAACCACUUUUGGAGACUGCGCCAUUCUCCGAGUCCUGCUCCAGUCUGUAUGAGGAGGAGAAUUUCAAGGUGAGAACUGCGGCUGAGUUGAAGUUCCUAAAUCAUCAGUAAAAAUGCUGCUUUCAUUUUUUUUAUUUAACCUUUUUUUAGCCAGGUAAAAACCCAUUGAGAUCAUGAUCUUAUUUAUAAGGGUGACCUGGCCAAGAGGUCAGCAGCACACUUCAUAAUAAAUGCCAAAAAAUAUAAGGGAACCCACUACAAAAUCAUGGUUAAAGUGCAACAAACAUUUUGGGACAAUUACAGUUUAAAAACACAUGCAUUGUUUCUUGGAUUCUCGAUGCUUAGCGAAUAAAAUGGAAUGAAAGUCUUUAAAUGAAACCAGUUCUGGUAUUUUCAGCUCUGUUUGUGUAGUUCUGUCUCAUCAACUGCCCUCUUUUAUCCUUUGCAGAAUGCAAGAGAGAACCCAAUCCACAUCAUAAACGUGUCCAUAAAAACUGCAGACACAGAAGAUGAUGAUGCCUUGGUGACAGCCUUUACUGCCUUCGCCCAGUCCAAGGUUAGCCAGACCUCGAUUGAAUGACUCUUUCAUAUCUGGAUCUGUUGCUUUUAAAAUGUGUUAUUUAUCAAACAUGGUGUGUGUUUCCACAGAAAUCGGUCCUAGUUGAGUAUGGAAUCAGGAGAAUCACAUUUUUGCUUGCACAGAAGGUAAUUUAACAUCAUUCAAAUAUUAUCAUUGGACCCACAGUCAGUCUUUUCUAUAUUUCAUAAUUUAUGUACUUAAAAGUUCCAGAGAAGGCCUUAAAUGGCUCUUGGCUAAUGUCUGAUUUUCUAAUAUUCAUAUAUAGCUCUAGAUGAUGUAGAACUAUUUUGUUUAGAUGGUGAUUGGUGUCAGAGAAAUUGAUUAGCGAGUCAUUAUGUGGCCGAUAUUGACAUUAUGUGUAAAAGGAAACAGAAAAUAAUGGAUAGAAAUUUUCUGUAUACUGUUUUUAUCUCUAACUUUGUCUGACUUCUCUGUCAACAAAACUAGAGCUUAUAUUGUCACAACUGCCAACUGAGAACCGUAUUCUAUAAAUCACUGUCACAUUAUUAUGCCAUCCUCAUGCUUUAAGUAGAACUAAAAUAGGAUUGAGUUUCUAGUCUCAUGUCCUGUAGCUGCACUUCUUUUUUUCCAUUAACCCUGGCAAGUUCACAGAUAAACUGUGAAAAUGCCUGGGUGGCAGUUUGUGAUAAAGAUUUUUUGUAAUGUUUAUUUUUCACAGAGAGAGUUUCCCAAGUUCUUCACUUUCAGAGCAAGAGAUGGGGUAUGUUGUUUCUCUUUUUACAGAACUCAAUAGAUCCUUUAAUUUCAGAAUUACUUAUCUGAUUCCAGCUGCUGUCCAAGAAUGAUGAUGAUGACCUCUCUAACCUGUGCCUCUCAACAGUUCCAAGAGGAUCGCAUUUACCGUAACCUGGAGCCAGCCUUGGCUUUUCAGCUUGAGCUCAACCGCAUGAGGAACUUUGAGCUGAGAGCUGUUCCCUGUGCCAACCACAAGAUGCACCUCUACCUCGGUGCUGCCCGUGUGCAGGAGGGAGCUGAAGUCACAGACUACCGCUUCUUCAUUCGAGCUAUUAUCCGCCACUCAGAUCUCAUUACAAAGGUCAGCGGAGCAGCACUUCCACAUUCCUCCAGUAGACUUAUUUAGUUCUUGAAAAGUUUUGGCCGAGGCUUGUCGUUUUGGUGACUUAAAUCUCUUUCUACACAACCAGGAGGCUUCGUUUGAGUACCUUCAAAAUGAGGGAGAGCGUCUUCUGUUGGAGGCUAUGGAUGAGUUAGAGGUGGCCUUCAGUAACACAAGUGUCCGCACCGACUGCAACCACAUCUUCCUCAACUUUGUUCCCACCGUUAUCAUGGACCCCUCUAAAGUCAGUGUCCUCUGUAGUCAACAUUCACUAACCUUGACUUGAGAAUUUUUAUCACAUCAGCUCGUUUUCAUUUUUCACCCUUGUUCAUCUUUUGGGACCCUCAGAUCGAGGAGUCAGUUCGCUCCAUGGUGAUGCGAUACGGCAGCCGUCUCUGGAAACUGCGGGUCCUGCAGGCAGAGCUGAAGAUCAACAUCCGUCUGACGCCAACAGGGAACGCCAUCCCUAUCCGCCUGUUCCUCACUAAUGAGUCUGGCUAUUACUUAGACAUCAGCCUGUACAAAGAGGUCACGGAUCUGAGUUCUGGACAGGUGAGGACUGUAGACCGAGGUACCCUCCUCGACCUGAAACAGAACAGAAGAUGUGGUGUUAUUAUUCUGAAGAUGUAUAAGUUUGAUUGUUUUUACAUGUCAUAAUUACAGUCAGAUGGAUCCUUAAUUCACCACAUCUCUUUUCCUUUGCAGAUCAUGUUCCAGUCAUAUGGAGACAAGCCUGGCCCUCUACAUGGCAUGCUGAUCAACACUCCAUAUGUGACCAAAGAUCUGCUGCAGGCCAAGCGCUUCCAGGCUCAGACUCUCGGGACUACAUACGUCUACGACUUCCCUGAGAUGUUCAGACAGGUAUUGCUGACUCAUUGAUAUACCUAGUUGUAAUGUAUUGUUAAAAGUUUCUGACUCGAGCUGAAAAUCUUUCUGUAGGCAUUGUUUAAGCUGUGGGGUCCAGGGGACAAAUACCCCAAAGACUUACUGAUGUGCACCGAGCUGGUUCUGGACCCUCAAGGCCGACUCGUGCAAAUGAACCGCCUUCCAGGAGACAAUGAUGUAGGACACGAUUCAGAGUACUUGUGUGUUUGUUUUUACUCUACAGAUGAUGAAGAUGAUCACUUUAUCCUUUUUCACUAGGUGGGAAUGGUUGCCUUCAGGAUGAAGAUGAAGACUCCAGAGUACCCAGAGGGCAGAGACAUCAUCGUCAUCUGUAACGACAUCACACACAUGAUUGGCUCGUUCGGUCCUCAAGAGGAUGAGUUGUUUCUGAAAGCAUCUGAGCUGGCUCGAGCUGAAGGAAUCCCACGCAUUUACAUCGCAGCCAACAGUGGCGCACGCAUCGGCCUCGCUGAAGAGAUCAAACAUAUGUUUCAGGUGGCCUGGAUAGACCCAAAAGACCCCUACAAGGUAAGAUCUGAAGAGAUUCGAGAAGUAGUGCAGUAAUAUGUGAGGUUUUCAAAUCUUUCACUGUACCUGUUCUCCAUUUCUCUAUAGGGUUUCAAGUAUCUCUACUUGACACCACAGGACUACACACGAAUCAGCUCCACAAAUGCCGUUCACUGUCACCAUGUUGAGGAAAAUGGAGAGUCCAGGUGCAAUAGAUCACCUUUUUUUUUUCUAAAAUCAGAAUAUUUGAUACUCUUGGCUUGUGUCUCUUGGAUAACAGACUUGGACUUUUUUGUAGGUACAUCAUCACUGACAUCAUCGGGAAGGACGAGGGUCUCGGGGUUGAGAACCUGCGAGGUUCUGGCAUGAUUGCUGGGGAAUCCUCACUUGCGUAUGAGGAGAUCAUCACAAUAAGCAUGGUGAGAGCGGUGCUUCUGAUUUCUUUAAAAGAGAGGAGCUCUUGUGAUGCUCGUGGAUGUUUGUCCUGAAUCAUUGUUAAUGCUUUGGCAGGUGACAUGUCGUGCAAUUGGAAUCGGGGCUUAUUUGGUCCGUUUGGGACAGAGGGUCAUUCAGGUGGAGAACUCUCACAUUAUCCUGACUGGAGCGAGCGCCCUUAAUAAGGUUUGUUGUGGAGCUGGUCUAAUGAAUAUAAAAUAUCCAUGAAUGCUUGUGAGACAAUUGAACAUACAGUAUGGUGUAUUUAUAGCCAUAAUUGUUCUUUCUACAUCUGUUCAGGUUUUGGGCAGGGAGGUCUACACUUCCAACAAUCAGCUGGGAGGGAUCCAGAUCAUGCACAAUAAUGGAGUCACCCACACCACUGUGCCAGACGACUUUGAGGGCGUCUUCACAAUCCUCCAGUGGCUCUCCUAUAUGCCAAAGGUUUGACACAUAAACGUCCAAAAGAUCGGGAUUUUCUUUAAGGGUUUAUAAAAGUAACUAAGUUAGAAUUUUAACUAUGAUUCUUCUCUUUCUCACAGAGCAAACACUCUCCUGCGCCUGUCCUAGAAAUUAAGGAUCCCAUAGACAGGGAGAUAGAGUAUACACCCACAAAAGCACCAUAUGACCCCCGCUGGAUGCUGGCUGGAAGACCUCACCCAAGUGAGAUCCAAGAUUUCAACUCAGACAAUAUUUAAGUCAAAUUUUCAGCCUUAAUGAUUCCCGUUUUUGUCUGUUUGUCUCAUCAGCUGUAAGAGGGGCCUGGCAGAGCGGGUUCUUUGACCACGGCUCCUUCAUGGAGAUCAUGGAAUCGUGGGCUCAGACUGUGGUGGUGGGGAGAGCACGGUAAAUAUGUAAUUUGUUCCUAAUAUGUGUAAUCUUAAUAAAUCAGACCAUUUGAAAGUCAUUUUUAAAACCCUUACAAAAAAUAAUUUCAAACUUUGUGAAAUAAAAACAGGUUAGGUGGAAUUCCUCUCGGCGUCAUCGCUGUGGAGACACGCACAGUUGAAUUAACAGUCCCAGCAGACCCAGCAAACCUGGAUUCAGAAUCAAAAGUGGGUAAAUCUCACCACAGUUUUACUCACACACAUUAUCUGCUAGUAUUUCACACUGACUCAUAUAUUUGUGUGUUGAUAUCAGGUACUGCAGCAGGCCGGUCAGGUGUGGUUUCCAGACUCAGCGUUUAAAACGGCUCAGGCCAUCUGUGACUUUAACCGUGAACAUCUGCCUCUCAUGGUGUUUGCCAACUGGAGAGGCUUCUCUGGAGGAAUGAAGGGUAAGAAUGAUUAAUACAUAUUUAAAACAGGCUGCAUUUCAUAAAAAACCCUUUGUUAUUCAGUAAAAAAAAAAUCUUUUUUUGCUUAUGUUCCCAGACAUGUAUGACCAGGUAUUAAAGUUUGGGGCGUACAUUGUGGAUGCUCUGCGUGGAUUCCGACAGCCAGUGUUGGUGUACAUCCCUCCACACGCUGAGCUAAGGGGAGGAUCAUGGGUGGUUAUUGACCCCACCAUCAACCCACUGUGUAUGGAGCUCUAUGCAGACAGAGAGAGCAGGUACAUGAGGAUUGGUAACUCUGUGAAGUUCUCAUUUUAAUCAGCCGGUGUGUGAAGAAAACCAGUUCCUACCAUUUUUGUUUCUAACUGGGUCUGUUUUGUCUCGACAUCUAGGGGUGGCGUGCUGGAGGCUGAGGGCACAGUAGAGAUCAAAUUCAGAAGGAAGGACCUGCUGAAGACCAUGAGAAGACUAGAUUCAGUCUAUGCUAGUCUAGUUGGGCAGCUUGGUAAAAGUUUUUUCUUUUUUGACUCAUGAGAACUCCAGUAUUGAUUUUCCUUUUAAAACUGCUAUGUUGCUGUUAUUUAUUUAUUUAUUUAUUUAUUUUUAGCUUAAUUUGUGUCUCCCUUUUUUCUCCAGCUUCCCCACAGUUAUCUGAAAAACAGAGCAAGGAGUUGGAGUCAAAACUCAAAGCAAGAGAGGAAUUCCUGUUGCCCAUCUACCACCAGGUGGCAGUGCAGUUUGUGGAUCUUCAUGACACCCCAGGCAGGAUGCAGGAGAAAGGUGUCAUCACUGUGAGUUUAGUACAGUCUCUGAAGUGGACUUUGUGUUUUCACUGGGAGUCCACUUAACAUCGUAGGAGAUAACAGACCUGUAUUGAGGUUUGAGUUUAUUCUUUUGUACCCUUUCAUACAUUUGACAGGAUAUUUUGGACUGGAAGAAUGUGCGGACGUUCUUCUACUGGCGUCUGCGUCGCCUCCUGUUGGAGCAGGUAGUAAAGUGUGAGAUUCUGCAGGCAAACAAGGACCUCAGCGACGGUCACAUGCAGUCCAUGCUGCGACGCUGGUUUGUUGAAACGGAAGGGACAGUCCAGGUGUGUUAUAAAAGUUAGAGAGCACUGUAUCUGCUCCUGUACUGGGUAUAAUGUUCUGGGUUAAAACCAUAAAAUGUUGUGGAGAUUUGAGGUAAAAAAAAAGUCAAAAGGGAAAUAGUAUUUCUUAAAUAAUACAGAUGCCCGUGUCUUCUCCUCCAGGCCUACCUCUGGGAUAAUAGCAGAGCGGUAGUUGAGUGGCUCGAGAAGCAUCUGUCUGAGGAGGACGGCACUCGAUCAGCCAUCCGAGAGAACAUCAAGUAUCUGAAGAGAGAAAACACCCUGAAACACAUCCGCAGGUACAUGCAAUCUCAGUGACCUUUAAAUGUGGUAUCAUUUUCACUGUCAUUAUCUCAUCAGGGCCAAAAAUAAAAUGUUAACAAAAUAAUGUAAUAUUGAUAGAUCCAUGUUUACGGUAUAAAAUUACAAUACUGCUUCGUUAGUACCACAAGGGGAAGCACCCAUGGACAGAAUAUCAACCUGCAUGCUAGCUUAAGCCAAGCACACCAUAUCUACAUUUCCGUUGAUGAAAGUAAUUAAUUUAUUUAUAAUUAAUAAUUGGUGUUGUUGUAAUUUUCCUUUUAUGUUGUAGUCUAGUGCAAGCCAACCCUGACGUAGCCAUGGACUGCAUCAUUCACAUGAGCCAGAACAUCACUCCCUCCCAAAGGGCACAACUUUCACAUCUUCUAGCAACUAUGGACAACACCAGCACCAGUUAA